ACAACCCAUCUCAAUCUAUCGUGAAAGCCCAAAACCAAAUCCCAAUAUUUAGAAUCCAAAUACCUCUUUUACAUUUCACUCUCAUUCCCCUUCCUUCUCUCUCUCCACAAAAAUCCCCAAAUCAAAAACUCCCACCACACAGAAAAAAAAACCCUAACCCUAAACCCCCAAAUUCAAAAUCCCCCACAAAAAUCAACCAAAUCAAAUACCAACCCAACAAUGGUGUGCAUACGCAAAGCCACAAUCGACGAUCUCUUAGCCAUGCAGACCUGCAAUCUCUUCUGCCUCCCGGAGAAUUACCAGAUGAAGUACUAUCUCUACCACAUCCUCUCAUGGCCGCAGCUUCUCUACGUGGCCGAAGACUACAACGGCAAGAUCGUGGGCUACGUGCUAGCCAAAAUGGAAGAGGAAAGCACCGAGUGUCACGGCCACAUCACGUCGCUCGCGGUGUUGCGCACUCACCGCAAGCUCGGGCUGGCGACCAAGCUCAUGAGCGCAGCUCAGAACGCCAUGGAGCAAGUGUUUGGAGCUGAGUAUGUGUCGCUUCACGUGAGGAAGAGUAAUAGAGCUGCGUUUAAUUUGUACACGGAGACUUUGGGGUAUAAGAUUCAUGAUGUGGAGGCUAAGUACUAUGCGGAUGGUGAGGAUGCUUAUGAUAUGAGGAAGCAAUUGAAGGGGAAGCAGUAUCAUGGACAUGGACAUGGGCAUGGGCAUGGGGGACAUGGGCAUCAUCAUCACCAUCAUCAUGAGCAUGGAGGUGGGUGUUGUUCAGGGGAGAGGGUGGAACCAAAAGGGACUGGGAAGAAGUAGGCCAGGGUGAACUGAGGUGAAGUGGUACUGCUAUUCAGUUUUUUUUUUUUGGUUGUAUUUUGUUGGGUUCCAUUAUGUGAGGAAUAAUGGUUAAUGGGUAUUUGUUUAAUUAUACAUUGAACUUAAUUUACAAUGAUGGGCAUGGAUAUCUAAUGUUAUAUGCACUUUUUUGUGUCAA